CCUUACAAAUGUAGAGAAUGUGGCAAAUCCUUUAUCAGCCAUACAGGUCUUAAUAAUCAUCAAGGUGUUCAUAAUGAAGAUAAGCUUUAUAAAUGUAGAGAAUGUGGUAGAGCAUUCCUCCUUGCCUCAAAUAUGAUUCGACAUCAGAAAGUUCAUACUGGAGAGAAACCUUACAAAUGUAGAGAAUGUGGCAAAUCCUUUAUCAGCCAUACAGGUCUUAAUAAUCAUCAAGGUGUUCAUAAUGAAGAUAAGCUUUAUAAAUGUAGAGAAUGUGGUAGAGCAUUCCUCCUUGCCUCAAAUAUGAUUCGACAUCAGAAAGUUCAUACUGGAGAGAAACCUUACAAAUGUAGAGAAUGUGGCAAAUCCUUUAUCAGCCAUACAGGUCUUAAUAAUCAUCAAGGUGUUCAUAAUGAAGAUAAGCUUUAUAAAUGUAGAGAAUGUGGUAGAGCAUUCCUCCUUGCCUCAAAUAUGAUUCGACAUCAGAAAGUUCAUACUGGAGAGAAACCUUACAAAUGUAGAGAAUGUGGCAAAUCCUUUAUCAGCCAUACAGGUCUUAAUAAUCAUCAAGGUGUUCAUAAUGAAGAUAAGCUUUAUAAAUGUAGAGAAUGUGGUAGAGCAUUCCUCCUUGCCUCAAAUAUGAUUCGACAUCAGAAAGUUCAUACUGGAGAGAAACCUUACAAAUGUAGAGAAUGUGGCAAAUCCUUUAUCAGCCAUACAGGUCUUAAUAAUCAUCAAGGUGUUCAUAAUGAAGAUAAGCUUUAUAAAUGUAGAGAAUGUGGUAGAGCAUUCCUCCUUGCCUCAAAUAUGAUUCGACAUCAGAAAGUUCAUACUGGAGAGAAACCUUACAAAUGUAGAGAAUGUGGCAAAUCCUUUAUCAGCCAUACAGGUCUUAAUAAUCAUCAAGGUGUUCAUAAUGAAGAUAAGCUUUAUAAAUGUAGAGAAUGUGGUAGAGCAUUCCUCCUUGCCUCAAAUAUGAUUCGACAUCAGAAAGUUCAUACUGGAGAGAAACCUUACAAAUGUAGAGAAUGUGGCAAAGCCUUUAGUGAUUCCUCCUCCCUUAAUAGACAUCAGACAGUUCAUACUGGUGAUAAGCUUUACAAAUGUAGAGAAUGUGGAAAAGCCUUUGGGCACUCCUCAUCCCUUCGUUAUCAUCAGAGAGUUCAUACUGGAGAGAGGCCUUACAAAUGUAGAGAAUGCGGAAAAACCUUCAAGAAAUCCCAAACUCUUACUGACCAUCAGAAAACUCAUACUGGAGAGAAGCCUCAUGAAUGUGGAGAAUGUGGCAAAGUCUUUAGACAGACCUCAACCCUUACUGAACAUCAGAGAAUUCAUACUGGAGAGAAACCUUAUAAAUGUACAGAAUGUGGCAAAGCCUUUAGAAAGUCCUCACAACUUACUUUGCAUCUGAGAGUUCAUAGUGGAGAGCAGCCGUAUAAAUGUAGAGAAUGUGGCAAAGGAUUCAGUGCAGCACAAUCUCUUAAUUGUCAUCAGAGUGUUCAUACCGGGGAGAAGCCUUAUAAAUGUAGAGAAUGUGGCAAAGGAUACAGUACGGCAAAAUCUCUUAAUUACCAUCAGAGAUUUCAUAUCGGGGAGAAGUAUUAUAACUGUAAUGAAUGUGGCAAAGUUUUUAGGCAUUCCUCAAACUUGUCUAGGCAUAAGAGAUUUCAUACUAGAGGGAAGCCUUUUCAAUGUAAUGAAUGUGGCAAAGCCUAUGUCUAUUCCUCAUCCCUUCAUCGUCAUCAUAGUGUUCAUAGUGGAGAGAGACCUUAUGUGUGUAAGGAAUGCGGCAAAGCCUUCCGUGAGUCCUCUAACUUAACACGCCAUCAAAGAGUUCAUACUGGUGAGAAGCCUUAUAAAUGUAAUGAAUGCGACAAAGCCUUCAGUGAGUCCUCUAAAUUUACACGCCAUCAAAGAGUUCAUACUGGUGAGAAGCCUUACAAAUGCCAACAAUGUGGCAAAGCCUUUAGCCGGUCCUCAUACCUUACUAAUCAUCAGAGAGUUCAUGCUCGAGAGUAACCUCACAAAUGUACCUAAUGUAGCAAAGUUUCAGUGCAUUAUCAACCCUAAGUUAUCACCAGAGGUCAUACUGCAGAAAAGUCCUAUGUAUCAAGAUUGUGGCAAAGGCAUUCCUUAGGCCUUCUGGACCAUCAAAUAACCCAUACUGGAGAGAAUCUUCGUGAAUGUGGAGACUGUGGCCAUGCCUUUUGCCCGUCCUCACACUUUACUAAGCAUCAGAGAAUUUAUGCUAGAGAGAAGCCUUAUAAAUGUAGAGAAUGUGGCAAAGUCUACAGGCAUUCCUCAGCCCUUAUUUACCAUCACAGAGUUCAUACUUGAGAGAAGCCUAAUAUGUGCGGAAAAUGUGGCAAAUCCUUUGGCAACACCUCAAACCUCUCAGCGCAUCAGAGAGUCCAUAGUGGAGAGAAGUAUUAAAGAUGUGAGGAGUGUCAUAAAUCCUGUACCAACAGUUAGUACUUACUGAGCUCACAGAAUUCUAAAUGGGAAGAAGUCUUCUGAAUGUGAAAAAUGUAGAAAACCCAUUAAAAGGCACACUUUUAUUACUGUACAUGAGACACUUCAUACUGAAGAGAGAACUUAAAAAGGUAGAGCUUUCAAGAGCCUGUACAUACAUCUCCAAAUGUAGUGAAUAACAGAGAUGUGUAUAGUGGAGGAAAUCUUUACACUGCAGAAAAUGUGAGAAAUUACUGACUGGCAUUCCUGAGUGGUUUACCUUCGAUGUAUGAACCACAAUGUCAGUGCAAUUCCCUGACUGGCAUAAGCCCUGUUUGGAGAUUCUGUCUUCAUUGUGGGGUAUGAAGGAGCUAGCUGAUCCAUGACUCCCUCUGAUCGUUGAUAUUUCUAUUGCUAGCUCUCUUUUCCUCUCUGAAAUCAAUAAAAAUA